GGAGCCGAGCAGGGGCUCGAUGCUGUUUCUCUCUCUCUUGCCGCCGCCGCCGCCGCUUUCGGGGACUUGGAGCGCAUCGGCGGCGGCGCCGCGGUGGAGGCAAAGCGGGAGCCCUGCGGCCCCCUCCUUCUCUUUUUCCCGCUUCCUCCUCCUCAGCGGGAGCAGCAGCAGCAGCAGCAGCAGCAAGAGGAACCGCCGCUACCGCCCCCCUCGGCGUGUGCGCGCGGGCCCCAGAAGGGGGCGCGCCUCCCGUCCCCAUCCCGCAGCCGGGCGGCUACGCGGCGGGAGGCGGAGGGGGAGGAGGCGGCGCUGACGCAGCAGCGUGGAGCCCGGGACUCGGGCGCCCCGGGGCGUUCCAGCCGCCGGAUUCCAGCCCGGCCGGGGCCUCCGCCUGCUCCGGGUGGGCCCCGCCGAGCAGAGUGGCGGCGACGGCAGUGGCGGCGCCGGAGGAGCAGCAGCCCGCGAGCGCCUGGGGGUGGACAUUGAUCCUAUGACGCAUGCCCGGAAGAAACCACUCUUACUUCUGAAACACUCAGCUGGUUCUGCAGGCCAAGCUUUGUCACCGAUUGACGGUGAAAGAAUGGAUAGGACUGAGGUGGAGGACAGCGAGCAAGGAAAUAGCACUGAGGGGCAAAGCUGCCAGAGUAAAUUUGCAGGCGUGAAUAAAAGCAGGAAUUCACAAGGACUCCGAAAGACGUAUCCAUUGAGGAAACGUCUCACUUCAUCCGUGGAUAAAAAGACAUGCUCAGUGCUCCUCACGAGACUGGAGGAUGUAGCAGGAUCGCUUCCAGAGGAGACUCAGAGCGACGUGAAAAGAGGUCUCUCCAGUUGUAUGGAUAACUUCAGACCUGCCUGUUUCUCAGAUCAAGUUCAAGUGGGGGAAGCAGGAACGAAUGACUCUUCAUUAGGGAAAUGCACAGUAUCUUGUCCAGUGACUGAGCAGGAGGGACAUGAUGCCUGCCUCUCAGUGCCCAGGAAACGAAGGCUAGCCUCCCUGAAUGCAGAAGCAGUGAAUAACCUGCUUUUUGAACGGGAUGAUGGCCUAUUGUCUGGCAGGCGUUUUCAGAAAGAUUCCACCAAAGUCAGUGGAGUUUGUUGCACUAAGACCGUAUGUUGCAAAACUCAGGGCGCUUGGCCCUUGCUGGAAAAGCAAAGCUCUAAAACAGUGAAGGUAAAGAAUCAAAACGGAUCAAAUCGGAAGUGUGAUCCUUAUGACCAGUUAUUGGAUGAUGUCUUUGAUGGGAAGAGGCGGGAGGAUAGUGAGAUUUCCUAUCAUCCCGCUCCAAAGAGAUUGGCCAGUCUCAAUGCAGUGGCGUUUCUGAAACUCACCCAUGAAAAAGACCACCCCCUGAAGCCGAGGAGUAAAUCGACUGGAGAGGGCAAGUCUGAAAACCACUGUUCCAAAUCAAAGCUCAAGUGGGCCAAAGCCAACAGGAAAAAUUGUGUUAAAUCCAAAAAGGAAACGUCCACUAUAAAGGUAGAGGGUCAGCAUGGCUGGCAAGGAGUCACCGAGGGUGCAUGUAGAAAAGUAGCCCAUCAAGAUUCUCCUAGAAUCUAUGGGAAAGCAGAAUCUGUUGGUUACGAACCAUUAUCUAACUCUUGUGAGGGCACAGAGGGUUUCUAUCACAGGCUGCCUUUGCUUAUGGGUGGGCAAGCUUCCAUGAAGCCUGAAUAUGGAAGACCUGGAGAGAAAUCUCCGACCCCUAAGCAGGAAUUCCACCAGCCUUCCUUCCCAGUACCUCAGUUCCAUCCUUUGCCUGUGCCAGGAAAUCAUGCGGACUGUGGCUGUGUCUAUGAAUCAUCAGGCUUGACUCCAUUAAAUGGAUUUUAUGUUUAUUAUGGCCAAAGUGGAUACAGUAGUUACACUCAUUGCUCUGUUUACCCGAAGGAUGAAUUGUCGCAGGCAACAAGUGGUGAGAGCCUUUUGGUAUCUCCAGGUUCCUUGCCGCCAGAUCCCUCCUUUCAGCCAUUUCACUGGUGCAACUCUCCAUAUUGUUGUGGAGAAGGAACAGCAAUUAAUAGUUACAGCCUUUGUGGGGUUAUGCACGUCCCAGAAAGCAGAAUCAGUGGUGUGCAUACAGGGCGGAACAGCUACCCUUAUAAGAUGCCUUUCACAGCAGACAGCUGCAAGUCCCUGGACCAGCUGAGCCUCACAAUCCCUGUGGCAGGGCACCCUGUUUCACCUGCCCACCCACUCUCAGGAUGUCCAGUACCCAGUGUGCCACCAGCUGCAGAACCCGUUCCUCACUUGCAGACGCCCAACUCAGAGCCCCAGACGAUGGCCCGUGAAUGCCCGCAGAGCUCCAAGCCCCCCAGUGGCUCUAAAUCCGGCCUCCGGAAUACGACCAGCUGUCUACACGUGUCUGACAGCAAAACGACUGGGGCUCACUCUCAUCCAAAGAAGCAGCAGCGCAUUAACCGGAGGAGAGCCACGAAUGGCUGGAUACCUAUUGGAGCAGCUUCCGAGAAGGCUGUCUAUGUUGUGAAUGAACCGGAGCCAGCUGUUCGCAAGAGCUACCAAGCUGUGGAAAGAGAUGGAGAAAUCAUCCGGGUCCGAGAUACAGUGCUCCUGAAAUCAGGACCUCGAAAGAAAUCUAUGCCUUAUGUGGCAAAGAUAUCUGCUUUAUGGGAAGAUCCUAAAACAGGAGAGCUGAUGAUGAGCCUCCUGUGGUAUUACAGACCGGAACACACUCAGGGAGGCCGCAAUCCUAGCAUGCAUCAAAACGAGAUCUUUGCAUCCCGACAUCAGGAUGAAAACAGUGUUGCCUGUAUUGAGGAAAAGUGCUAUGUUCUGACCUUUGCAGAGUACUGCAGAUUUUGUGCCUUGGCAAAGCGUCGAGUUGAGGGGAUCCCAGGCAAGAAAACUGUGAUGGUCCCUCCAUCAGAAGAGUAUUCAACCCCUGCACACCGCAAGGUGCCGGAGGACACAGAUCCAGAGUUGGUUUUUCUCUGCCGCCACGUCUACGACUUCCGACAUGGACGCAUUUUGAAGAAUCCGCAGUAACGGAGCUCUGUGGCUGUGGGGUUGACAAGCGGCACCAGAGAGCCAAGGGCAGGCUGACCUCAUCGUUCACGCAUGCUCCUACUCUUCAGAGCACUGUCCACAGGCACAGGACAGAGUGCCCGAGCACUCUAUCCUCUGUAUUUGAGAGCAGAUUUCCUGUUAAGGCAGAUGUUCAAAGCACAGCACUUCGUCUAAAGAACAUAAAUUAAAAUAUAUAUCUAUAGAGAAAAGUGUGUGUGUAUAUAGAUAUAGGUACUUGCUUCUGUAAAUCUAUAUCUAUAUGUACAAUGAGCUUCAUAUAUCGAGGGGGGGAAGGGAAGAUGGUCCAGGGGAUAAAAGCCAGUAAACUGAAUGCAGAGCCAAUCUUGGUGGGGGAUGGUUAGAACAUAAAGAAGGGAAGCUUCAGCACAGGAAUGAAUCAGACUGUGAUAAGGUCCUUGAUCUCAAGUCCUUACGUGAAGGUAAGGACGGAGGCUCUCUUGAAGAGUCUUUUUUGGAGACAUUACUGAACCCAGUAUCCUUACUUAUGGAAAAUGUUUUCCUCCAUAAAGGGAGAAGGAUCACAUCUGGGGUAGCUUUUAUGUUCUAUAAUGAUCUAGUCAGGUUGGAGAUUUUCCAGCUGGCUCUGAGCUUCAUCUCCAAAGCAGGAAGUGGGAAAAAAAAGAUGUAACAGGAUUACCUCACGCCAUUAUGAAAAAGCUGCAUAUCUUUCUUAGGCUGCAGCCCUAAGCCAUUGACAAAAGUCGGUUCCAUUGAAACGGUGGAACUUAUUUCCAAGUAAGUGUGAUUAAGAUCAGGAUGUAAGAAAACUUUAAGCAUCAUGCCUGUUUGGGAGGGAAGGGCAAUACCUUUACUGCUGAAAAGCUUCCAGAGUAUGGAGUUUAGGUAACAGCUGCUAUGAUAGUGAUCUCUUUCACACAGAAGUCUUGAGGCAUCUCUUCCUUUGGCAGAAAUAGUUCAUGUUCCUUUCCAUCCCAUUUCCGUUUCCUUUGCUCUCAUUUUCAGUCCUUGUAGAAUCUGGAUUUGCACACUCCGUUGUACUUGGGAAGGUCUAGAAGCUCUAGGGGUAAGGAACGACAAUGUGUUACUUUGGGUUAUAUUCUUUACAGAAAAAGCAUCUUAAUCCCAACCAGUUUAGUCGAUACUUUUGCUUGCCUACCUCUCUUCCGAUCCUGCCUCCCCCAAAAUCUCUGACACUGAUAUCUGAGCAUGACAACCAAGGUGAGACUCUUAGGCUCCCAAAAGGAACUGACCAAUGAGAGGUUUGCAUUGUUGAAAAAACUGCUACCUGAUUCCUAUGGAUACUUCUGCCUCUUGCCUUACAUGUAUAGCUCUUAGAAAUACUUUAGUUGAGCUUUUAACACAAAGCUAUUUCAGUUAAUUCUAAAGCAAACCAAAGGACAGCAUAAGAAGAGUUCGCUGAAUCAGUCAUAUAAAUGUGCUGGGAUUCCAUUUGUAGAUUGCACUAAUUCUAAAGAAUGAGAAUCAACACUGUAUCAGUCCAUGUACCUGCUGACAGUCUCAGAGUCGCUCACCUGAACUGGGGAACUGCGUUUUUUGGGAAGUUCUGAACCUAGUGUUAAAUGAACUAGAAGUGUUCCUAUGGCUUUAAUGUUGUUGUCUUUUCAAGUAGAAAUAGCACUACCUGUAUUUGCCCAUGAGCUGGAAUCAAGAGUAUUGGCAGCUGAGUUCUGUGCCUGCCUGGCCUGGAGAAAUUAGCCCUGCCGUGUUCAGUUCCUAGCGUGUUAACAAAGCGAUAUCUUGCUCUACAUACCAAAGAGGGGGAAAGUCAUGCAGAGGAUCUUGAAACAUUGGUAAAGGCUAAACAUGGUGGUCAUCAUUGUAGCCAUGAGAUUGCAUGGGGAUGAUUCCUACUAUGUUUUGUAGGGAAAGGAUUAUUCCUGCUAUUUAGGGGGAAUGUCCCACACUAAAAUUGAACCAACAGUCCAAGGCUGAUCCGAGCUUACUAGUGCCCAAAGUAAUGGGGUUAUUUUUCAUUAACCAUUCCUGGGGCACGUAGAAGAGCUCUUGGAGUGACUAGUGCUACAAAGCACAUCUGCUUUACAGCAUGCAAAUGGCACAAGAGUUUCCGUACAACGUUUCACUCAGGCCAGUGAUAGCAUGGCUGAAAGGAGGCUCUGGUUUUUAUGGAUGGAAGGUAGAACUGGCAUCUCUCUUGUUAGUCCAGUGAUAAGCAGGAGUGGUUUCGGAGCAAUACUAUGGGUACUGUAGCUACUGCCUAUUCUUCCAUUUGCCUGGCUCAGGAGGGAAUUCUAGAGGAAACGGAGCAACUGGAAUAGGGAAUGUUCCCAGAGUGAUGUGGGUAGAGUGUGUGUAUGGUUGAAGAUGGACAGUCUGGUCUAUGCAGAAUCAGAUUUGGGGUUCCUUUUUGUUGUGAUAGGGAGGAUGAAAUCUAUAUUUCUAGAUAUCUUCUCUUGGAAAAGGUGAAAGUGUGAUGGUCAUGGUGUAGAUAACAGGAAUCCGCACAACAUUUAAUUCAGACUCAAAUUCAGGGUACAACAGCUCUGUUGAGAGAGGUUUUAAAAUUUAGCUUCGGAAACCAGAGUAAUUUCCAGUAAUUUCCUGAAAACCUGGUUUGUGCAGCUUCCUCAUCCGUCUUUGUCCUGCCUCCUUUCCAGGCAGAAAAAGAAGAUAUAAGAAAGAAACUGUAUCUGCCCAGAUUCUGGGAAAGGCUUCGGAGCCCCCUUAUUGGACAGGGGGGGAGAACCCCCUUCCCUCCCCUUCCUUGCUUCUGAUAUUGUCAGAAUCUACUUCAGGCCAAGAAUAUUGUUUGAAGACUUGUGUGGUGGUUUUAUGCUGUUCUGCAGACAGCAUGUAAAUGAUUUGAAAUGUCUUAUCUGAAAUGAGAAUAUUUCAUGCUUUUUUAAUCUAUUAGAUAUGGAAAUAUUUUUGAAACUGAAAAUGCAGUCAGUAGAAUUAAAAUUGAAAUGUAAUACAUGUAAAAUAUAUUUUAGUUGAUAAUUUUGUAAAAUGCACUUUUUUGUGUCUCUUCCCUUGUUUCCCAGAUCUGUAUUUCAGUGUUUACAGAUGGAAUGAGAACAUUCCCUAUACCCUCCUUCUGUGAAAAAGAUAUAUUAGAAGUAAUUCUUAAAAUAAAUUUGAGAAAUUGUAUUGAUUUAGAAAACAAAGAA